CACCUCCGGAUCCCAGACCCCCCAGCUGCCGUCCCCGGCUGAUCUUCCUUUGCAGGAAUGAAAAAGCUAUUUUCCGCGCUCGGCUUGACUUGGUGGAAGAAGGAAGCGACGUGAAGGAAAGGACUCUUGGGCUGUUUAAAUAUUAAACGUCUCGAGUUAAGUGGCCACCUCGCCUCUGGACCUUGGACUUCAGACAUGAAGCAGACAUGAAGCAGAAAAAGGGGCUUCAGGAGACCACGGAGUCGACCAUGAAAUUUGAAUUUAACCCAAAAGAAGGGAUCGAUAAUCCCGCCUUAUCUCUGGCAGAAGAUUCUGAACCAGAAGGGACUUCCCAGAUACGUUUCUGUUUACUGAAGAAAGAAGCUGGUGACAAUCUGGGCUUCUCAUUGUGCCAAGCAGCCGGAGGGACGUGUCCCAUUGUACGGAAGGUGACACCGGGAGGGCUGGCCUACCGUAAAGGCCUUCGGGAUGGAGACCGAAUCCUUGAGGUCAACGGAGUUAAUGUUGAAGGCAUGGGAUAUCUUCGGGUGAUCUGGAAGAUCAAGAGUAGCUCAAAACAGGUCCUGCUCACCGUCCUGGAAGGGAAUGCCUACGAAGUAACCAAAGCUCUCAAUCGGGAUCUUAACCAGCUCUUGUCCAGAUACAAAAGGCCACGCCUGUGCUGCGUUCCCAAAGGCUCGAGCGGUUUGGGCUUCAGCGUGUCAGCUCCAGAAGGUGUGACCGGCGUAUUCCAGCUCUCCGUGCUGCAGGAUGGACCAGCUCAUAAAGCGGGGGUGCCACACGGUUCCUGGCUGGUGGAACUCAACGGCAUCAGCGUUAAGAACUGGACGACUGCACAACUCAACCAAAAGCUCAAACAGAGCAGCAGCCCCAUGGGGCUCCUAGUGAUGGACAGCCGGUCUGAAGAGGCGUACCGACAGUGCGGCGUUAAGGUUACGGCUGCCCUGGCUGACACCUCCUGGGUUCCGUUCCAAGUGACGAAGCUUCAGAUGACGCGAGGAGAAGACGGAUACGGGUUCUUGAUGAAAGAAGAAAAAUCCAGCUCGGGGAAGAGGGCCCAAUUUUUGAGAGACCUGGAUGCCGGGCUACCCGCUGAAAAGGCAGGGAUGAGAGAAGGCGACUGUCUGUUGGCGGUGAACGGCGAGAUUGUCGAAGAGCUUGACCAUCAGGAAGUGGUGUCGAGGAUCCGUUCCGACAGCCAGCGGGUGACUCUCUUGGUCAUCGACUCAGAAGGAAGCAAGUUCUACAACAUGGUUGGAGUAUCUCCUUUAGUCUUCUACGAUGAUGAAGACUUCCCGUCAAGCUUUCUGAUCAACCGUGGUUCUACUUCUCCAGGCAUCUUUCAGGAACAAAGCUGGCCCCCUUUGAGACCGUGUCACUGUCAGUUCUCUAGCAAUACAGCGCCACCUGGCCAACCUGACCCUACCCCAUGGACCUUCACCGGAGAGGACCAUGAUGGGUUCAGCCAGGCAUUCUAGGGACAGCGCCUUGGACUCUAUGGAAAACAAGUGAGCAGCUUUGCACACCCUUCCGGCAUGAACUCAAAUCAAACUCAUCUCCCUCAGACCAGCUUUCCCGAUCUUUUUCUGCCUUCCGGGUCAAUCUGUCUCUGCACUCGAAUGAUUUCUGCAGAACCUGGCAAGCGGGCUAAAGAUUCAGAGCGGAGGAUGGCCAGAGAUGGAUUCAGGGCCACCUUGGGGGGGAAUUCCUUUUGGAAAGAUUCAAAAAAGAUCGCUGGAAAUAAUUGCAAUUCAAGGAUAGCCCUCAUUCAUUGCAUUUUGUGGAAGAGAAGCUAGUACAGACGUCCUCUCUGGGUGUGUGACAACAUCUCUACAUGAUUCCUACCAGCAGAAUGUGGAUGAAGACCAUUGACCACUUCCUUCAAGCUCUUUUUCCCUCCGUCAAAAUAUUCCCUCUAUUGCAAGAUCUCCAUCCUUUAAAACUUUGAAAACUUGUGGAUUUCAGCUCCCAGAAUUCCUCAGCCAGCCAUGCAACUCCCAGAAUUCCCUAAGCUGGCUGGGGAAUUCUGGGAAUUGAAGUCCACAAGUCUUCAAGUUGCCAAGGUUGGAGUUCCCUGCUCUACUGGAACCAAUAAAACCAAGCACCGGGACUUCCUUUCAUCUUCUUCUGACAAUCGACCCAUAGAUUUUGCACAAAACAGACUGUGAAGGUUGGCAGAGGAUGAGCAAGGGGCUUCCAAUCUCAGAGCUCUUUCUCCAAGAUCUUUUUCUGAGUGGAGAUGCAUAGCAUCUUCUGUUCUUGGCCUACGCUCUGAAGAGUACAAGAUUAGGACCUCAGCUACGUUAAAUGGGGAUUAAUGUGUUCUGAAACAGAAAACUGAAAGAGAUAACAGAUGGCCUGAUCUGGAAUUUCCUUCCUUCCUUCCUUCAUUUGAGCUGCCUAAGAAAACGAGUUUGUUAACGAAGGGAAGUACUUUUCAUACACCUCAAGACAGGAUUGUUUGGAUUCACCCAUCACGCUAAACCAUAGUUUGCUUUAAUAGGGGUUUGUUGCAAGGCACGGAGAGCCAACUUCACACACGACACUAAAACCAGCUCAAAUAAAACAACACCGUGCUUUCA